AUCCAGCUCCACGAGUAGCACCAUGGAGUUCCCUGAUUUAGGUGCUGACUGCUCGGAGCCGUCCUGCAAGCGCCUCGACUUUCUUCCCUUGAAAUGUGAUGCUUGCGGGCAGCUAUUCUGCACUAACCAUGUUGCCUAUGCCCAUCACAACUGCACUUCAGCUUACAAAAAGGAUGUACAGGUCCCUGUGUGCCCACUCUGCAGCACGCCCAUUCUUGUGAAGCGAGGAGAGAUGCCUGAUAUUGUGGUGGAUGCACACAUAGGCAAGGACUGCAAAUGGGACCCAGCUCAGCAUAAGCGCAAGAUCUUCGCCAACAAGUGUCAGCAGCCUGUCUGCAAGCAUCGGGAGAUGAUGAAGGUUGUUUGUGACCAAUGUCAUGGAAACUUCUGCCUCGAGCACCAACACCCACUGGAUCAUGACUGCACUGGGGCCGGUCACCCACUCUCCAAGGCAGGGCAUGCGGCCAUUGACAGAGCUCAGAAGUCGACCAAAGCACCUGCAUGCACCACGUCUAGCAGUGGGGCCAAGAGAUCUGUCGCAAGCCCACCAACCUCCAGCAGAGCCAGUGAGGUGGCAAGAGCCCCCCAGCACCAAAGUGCAUCUCCUCCAGCUAUGGCCCUACAGAAUGGACUGAGCGAGGAGGAAGCGCUGCAACGAGCCUUGGAAAUGUCUCUGGCAGAAAUGGUGUCCUGCAGAACCCAGGAAGAGGAAGAUCUGGCACUGGCUCAGGCCCUUUCAGCUAGUGAGGAGGAAUACCGGUGGCGACAGCAGCAGCAGCAGGUUCGAAGCGCAAACCCUUCCAACUGUUGCCUCUCCUGA